AUGAUUGAAGUGUGUUGGUUGGCUAGCCUGCCUGAUGUAAACACUGCAUGGCGGCUCUUCCUUCGAGCACGUGAAAUGGGUAUCGUGGAGAGAAAGCAGAGAGUCUUUUAUAAGAAGACCAAGAGAGAAAUAUUAUCAAUAUGGACUAUAGCGGUUGUUAGAGAACACUAUCUUCGAGAUGAUGUUUGGUGUGCCUUGAUGGAUGUGGCAUGUGUGAAGGGGAAUUACCGGCCUCUGGAUUCUCUAACAACUAGUGAUAGCACUUUGGUGCAAAAACCACAUCACAUUAUCAUAGACACCAAUGUUGCACUCCAUCAGAUUGAUGUUUUGUGUCAUGAUGACAUAACAAAUGUGAUCAUUCCACAAACAGUGCUGCAGGAGGUGCGACACAGAUUUGCGGUGUACAAGAAACUACGGGAUCUGAUUGAGGAAUCUAAAAAAAAAUUCUUUGUCUUUUCAAAUGAACAUCAUGGUGAGUGCUACAUUGAGCGUGGUGAAAAGGAGUCAGCUAAUGAUCGAAAUGACCGUGCAAUCCGAAUCACAGCCUGGUGGUAUAAGCAACACUUUCGCACAACCAACCAGAACAUUAUCCUUAUCACCAAUGACAUGGCGAACCGUGAUAAAACAAGGGAGAUGGACGUGGAAUCUUACACGAUGUACGAGUAUGUCUCCAGUCUCCAGAGUUCACCUGGUUUGUUAGACUUGGUGGCCAAUAUCGAGGAGGAGAAUGAAGAAGAAGAAGGCAUGAAGAAAUACCUCUACAGUCCGCACAUGAGCCUGGAGCAGAUGCGGCUAGAGAUUAAGAGUGGCCGUUUGCGUCAAGUGUGUGCUGAAAACAUCACGGCACAACUACCUGGAAGCCAAUGUCAUGGUGGAAGGCUUGGAGAAGUCUGUCCUGAUUCAAGGACGGCAAUAUUUCCCAAAGAGCAGUGGUCUUCUCCCUCAAAUGUUGUCAUUGACCAAGAGAAGCAGGAAGAGGAGAAGAAUCGUAAGAUAUUGAAUGGUGUUGCAGAUAGAAAUGUACAAAUAGAGCAAGGGGACGGCGAACGGCAACCAACUGGAUGUGUGGUGGGAAUCAUCAGGCGCAAAUGGCGGCAGUAUUGCGGCAUUUUGAAGAAAAGUGACUUUGCAGAAUCCACACGCCACUUGUUCAUCCCAGCAGAUAAGAAAAUCCCAUUCAUCCGCAUUGAAACGAGGCAGGCAGAAAUGCUGCAGAACAAAAGGAUUAUUGUAGCCAUAGAUUCUUGGCCAAGAGAUUCCCGUAACCCUAAGGGUCACUUUGUCCGCGUAAUAGGAAUCAUUGGGGAAACCGAGUCAGAGAACGAGGUCAUCUUACUGGAGCACGACUGUCCACACACUAAGUUCUCAGAGGCAGUUCUCAACUGUCUCCCAAAGCUACCAUGGUUAAUUACAGAAAAAGAUGAACUCGAGCGAGAGGACUUACGACACCUCGACAUCUGUUCUGUUGAUCCUAUAGGCUGCACUGAUAUUGAUGACGCUCUACACUGCCGUGAACUCCCAAAUGGAAACUUUGAGGUUGGUGUCCACAUUGCUGAUGUAUCUCAUUUCAUCCGGCCACACACUGCAUUGGAUAAGGAGGCUCAGAACCGCAGCACAACUGUGUACUUGACUAACCGUCGUAUCGACAUGGUUCCUGAUCUUUUGAGUAGUAACCUGUGCUCACUUCGAGGCAAUGUUGACAGAUUUGCCUUCUCUGUCCUGUGGGAAAUAACACCCAAAGCAGAGGUUUUAUCGUCGAGAUUCCGGAAAACAAUCAUCCAGUCAAGAGCUGAGAUGAGUUACCAACAGGCCCAGCAGCGCAUUGAUGACCCCAAUAUGACAGACAGCUUAACGCAGUCCCUUAGAAAUUUGAAUAUGCUUGCCAAACAGCUCAAGAGCAGGAGAAUCAAUGAUGGUGCCCUGGUGUUGGCCAGUAUGGAAGUGAAAUUCCACAUUGAUCCAGACACAGACACGGUUGUUGAUAUUGUGGCCAAGCAGCACCUGGAGACCAUGAGCAUGGUGGAGGAGUUCAUGUUGUUAGCUAAUGUAACAUCGGCAGAAACUACACUCAAGCACUUCCCAGACUGUGCUCUGUUACGUCGUCACCCUGCACCACCACAUUCAAAUUUCGAACCCCUUCUGUUAGCAGCAAAGAGUCAGGAUAUCGAAUUGGAUGUCUCGUCCAACAAGGCCCUCGCCAAUAGCCUCGACAACGCCACCCGCGACAACAACCCAUUCUUUAACAGUAUGCUGAGAAUUAUGACAACACGCUGCAUGAUGCAAGCUGUGUACUUCUGUUCUGGAACACUUGAGCCGGGAGAGUUUUACCAUUACGGUUUGGCCACACCCACAUACACCCAUUUCACCUCACCCAUCAGAAGAUAUGCUGAUAUCAUAGUGCACAGGCUUCUGGCAGUAAUUAUUGAGGCAGACAAGACUUAUCCAGAGUUGUUAGAGUCCAAGAAGCUAGCUGAACUGAGUCAGCACAUCAACUACAGACACAAAAUGGCUCAGUAUGCUGGUAGAGAGUCAUCAGUCAUUACGGCAAUAGCAUCACUCAAAGGCAAGGUGUCAGAAUUUGAAUCCUAUGUGUUGUUCCUACACAAGAAUGCCAUUCAAGUACUUGUGCCAUCAAUUGGUCAGCAGCUGACACUGUACCUGGACAGUAAGAAGAAGCCAGAGAAGGAUGAUAAGAAGGAUGACAAAAAGAAGGGAGGCAAAAGAGCCGAGACUAUGGAGGUUGAUGAUGAUGUUCCUGCACCUGAGUUUGAAUUCAAUGAACAGGAACUUUACAUCAAGUGCGGGCCAGUAGUAAUUCGUCCCUUUGACCAACUCUUCAUACAAGUUACCGUUGAUUCCUCUGACGUCCAGCAUCAACGUGUGGUGAGCAAGCUGAUACAUCCUGUGAUUCCUGGGUUCUCCGUCCCGUCCACAAAGAAGGAUGAAGAGGUCCCUAAAGUCAAUCUGAUUAAAAAAAGGAAAACAUAGACUCUACACUUUGUUGAAAUAUUGUAGAGCAAGGAAGCUUACAUUUCUUUUAUUAUAAUUAUUUUUUUCAUGGAUUUUUUUCUUUCUUUUAUGAUAUAAUUGUUGUUUUCUUUUUUCUCUCUUUAUCUCUCAUCUUAUGACAAGUACAAACACUAUCUGAUAUGUUUGAAAUAGACUAUUAUAUAAGAAAAAAUUCUUUCUCUUAUUUUAAUGUUUUUUUCAUCACAUAGACCUUUUAUUAUUGUCAUUAUUAUUAUUAUUGUUAUCAUGAAUAUUGUUUAUUCCCCGCGUUAUUGUUUCCAGUAAUACACACAUACAUUCACUCUGCUGUUUUCUCUCUUUUUUCCUCCAUUUGUACAAUGCUGCUCAAAAAGGAAGCAUAUUUAUAUAUUGUAAGUAAUUCCAAUAGAUCAGUUUUCUAAUAUAAGGAUUUUUACUGA